GCAUUAUGCAUGCAGCAGCUGUACUUCUGUUUAUGUUAAGAUCAUGAAGAAACGAUCCUUUCUUCCUCUGUUUUUGCAGAGAAAUAAGUUAGGGCGACAAUGGUGAAGAUCUGUUGCAUCGGCGCGGGGUACGUGGGCGGGCCGACGAUGGCGGUGAUCGCGCUCAAGUGCCCGGACAUCGAGGUGGUGGUCGUCGACAUCUCGGAGCCCCGCAUCUCCGGGUGGAACAGCGACCGUAUCCCCAUCUACGAGCCCGGCCUUGACGACGUCGUCAAGCAGUGCCGCGGCCGCAACCUCUUCUUCAGCACCGAAGUGCACCAGCACGUCGGCGAGGCAGACAUCGUGUUCGUCUCCGUCAACACCCCCACCAAAACCUGCGGCCUCGGCGUGGGCAAGGCCGCCGACCUCACCUACUGGGAGAGCGCGGCGCGCAUGAUCGCGGACGUCUCCUGCUCCGACAAGAUCGUGGUGGAGAAGUCCACCGUGCCCGUCAAGACCGCCGAGGCCAUCGAGAAGAUCCUCGUGCACAACAGCCGCGGCGUGAAGUACCAGAUCCUGUCCAACCCGGAGUUCCUCGCCGAGGGCACGGCAGUGCAGGACCUGUUCGCGCCCGACCGCGUCCUUAUCGGUGGCCGCGAGACCCCCGAGGGCCGCGCCGCCGUGAAGGCGCUCAAGGACGUGUACGCGCAUUGGGUGCCCGAGGACCGCAUCAUCACCACCAACCUGUGGUCCGCCGAGCUGUCCAAGCUCGCCGCCAAUGCCUUCCUAGCGCAGCGCAUCUCCUCCGUGAACGCUAUCUCGGCGCUCUGCGAGGCCACGGGCGCGGACGUGACCCAGGUGGCGCACUCCGUGGGCAAGGACGCGCGCAUCGGCCCGCGCUUCCUCUCCGCCAGCGUCGGCUUCGGCGGGUCGUGUUUCCAGAAGGACAUCCUCAACCUGGUCUACAUCUGCGAGUGCUACGGCCUCCCCGAGGUGGCCAGCUACUGGAGGGAGGUGAUCCGGAUCAACGACUACCAGAAGAGCCGGUUCGUGAACCGCGUCGUCUCCUCCAUGUUCAACACGGUCGCCGGCAAGAAGGUGGGCGUGCUGGGGUUCGCCUUCAAGAAGGACACGGGCGACACCCGCGAGACGCCGGCGAUCGACGUCUGCAGGGGCCUGCUCGGGGACAAGGCGGUGAUCAGCAUCUACGACCCGCAGGUGACGGAGGAGCAGGUGCAGCGUGACCUCGCCAUGAAGCAAUUCGACUGGGACCACCCGCGCCACCUGCAGCCCAUGAGCCCCACGGAUCUGGCGAAGCAGGUCGCCGUGGCGAUGGACGCCUACGAGGCCGCGCGCGACGCGCACGCCGUGUGCAUCCUCACCGAGUGGGACGAGUUCAGGAGCCUCGACUACAAGCGCAUGUUUGACGCCAUGCAGAAGCCGGCCUUCAUCUUCGACGGCCGCAACGUCGUCGACCCCGGGAAGCUCCGGGAGAUCGGCUUCGUCGUCUACGCCAUCGGGAAGCCGCUCGACAACUGGCUCAAGGACAUGCCCGCCGUCGCAUGA